GCGGCGAGUUACCUCCAUUUUCAUCAUAUGAUGUGAAGAUCUAAGCAUUUCCCGUUGUUGCGAGUUGGAAUAUUCACUCUCUCUCAAAUAAUCAGGGAAACUUUUUCGAAUUUAUGGCUCUCAAAGGUACUAAGCCCGAGGCAUAACAAUGGUGAGCAUCCCGGAUUGGGCAAAGUUUGCCCAGAUCUCAGAGAAUAAGCAGCAGGACAAACAAGCUCUGCUCAGUAAAUUCUACAAACAGAGAGAAGCAGAAGCUGUACGGCAAGCUGAACAGUCAGGAUACUUUUUGAAUCCAACGUUGGAAGUCAUCCAGUCUCACUGUGGCUCUUUAAAUCCCAAGUCUAAAGUAGAUGUAGAUGACAUCAAACUUGUUCGCCUCGAUGGGGUCCAUCUCAGAGUUCUCGGAGACAUUGGUGCAUGUACCAGGCUGACCAUAUGUCUGUUGGCAAACAAUUACCUCACAAAAAUUGAUGCGCUUGUGGCUUGCAGACAUCUCAUUAAACUUGACCUGCACUCCAAUCAGCUGUCCUCUCUCCCAGCCCCUGUAUUCUGGAGCAGUCUCCGUAAGCUGCAAUCACUUCAUCUCCAUGACAACCCGCUUGGCAAGUUUGAGACUCUACAGAUCCUGGGCUCUGCGCCAGCCUUGACCAUCCUCACUUUAUUUGACACACCUCUGAGUCUCAAGAAAAACUACCGACAUCAUGUGGUGAACAGUAUAUGGAGCUUGAAGGCUUUAGAUCAUCAUGUGAUAUCAGACGAGGAGAUCAUUGAAGAUGCUGUGUUCAGCAGACGCUUCACAGCCCUAAGUCCCCCCUUCAGGAUUGACCUCUGCCCUCAGACUCAACAGAAUUUCACAUUUGAUCAGGAAAUGUCGGUCCUUAGAGCUGUCAAUGCAAGACUCAGUGCUAUCAUGGCUCGCCACUCCCCAGUUCUCAUAGUGCAGAGAUGUUUGCGGGGAUAUUUACUCAGGAGAAAAUUGGGGAUCGUGAAGAAAAUGAGUCCCAUGAAGAUGAUGCUACCCCCUCCCGGAACUCCCAUCAUGUUGGGUGAUCAUGUUCACACAAUGAUUGGAGGUCAGACAGUCGACUAUGACACAUACAUGCAGAAUAGACGGCCAGGCUCUAUUGUGCCCGAGGAGGCACUCAAGGGUCUCAAGCUGACCCAGGAGCCCGCACAAACUGCUGAGGUCAAGGACAGCCACACACCAGCUCCGCCCCUUGCUCCAAGACUCCAGGUCAACCUGGAGAAGCUUGAGUCAGGGACAUUGUCUGGUUUACAGGCUGACACUGUUGCCAUGGAAACUGUUAUGGCUGAAAAAGAGGGCUUGGGUGUCAGUACACCUGGCAGGAAGGACAGACAGAAAAAGAAGGAAAAUAAAGAUGAGAAAGUGAAGCCCAAGCGAAUCAAAGAGAUCAAGCAGUUCUUUGGCCCCGUAGUGGACACUCACACUGCUGAAGAGGAGGAAGAGGACGUCUCUGGAGAUGAAAUACCCAUGACAGACUUCAGGCUCAAAGGGACGAAGCCAAAGCUCCUUGUCGCAGAUGCCACAACAGAGAUGAUCCUUAGUCGGAAGGAGGCCGGCCACAUGGUUCGGGAAGCCGAGGCUGAGAGGAUGAAACAGGACUCAUUGCAAACACCGCCAAAGGCAACCCCACACAAUCUGACCACCACAGAGCAGCGAUUUUUCAGCCGAGCUCAGGGCACCAUGGGACUGUCCUGUCUGAUGGCGGUGCAUAAAGCUUAUCGGGAACGAGAAAAGGCAGAGAAGGCAGCUGCUAGGAUGGAGAACAUUCUCGGCAUGCGUGAGGAGCGGCAGAGAGCCAAAGAUCGUAUCAACAUGUAUCAUGACGAGCGACGCGCUCAAGUGCUCAAGACCCGAGAUAUGGAUCGGGCCCGAGUCAUCGACCGUAUGGAGAAACAUGAACUGAAUCGUCUUAACUUCUUGGACAAGCAGCAGGAACACAAGGUACGAGCUUCUGACGGCAACAAAGCCUUCAGGGCUGACCACACCUUCAUGUUAGAAUUCAACUCACAACACACGUCUGUGUCAAACGCUCUGCUACGUCACGACCGGCAGGCUCGAGCGGAUGAUGUGCGCUCGCAGAAAGAGAAUGUUGUGUCCAAUGCUAAGGUGACUGAGGUAGAACAACAGAACACGGUCAAGAAGUACCUGGAGCACCGACAACUCAUGAAACAGACGGAGACGGCGAUGGCCAAAGCGGCCCUGGACACCAAGAUGUUGUCGGAGGCCAACGAGCGGAUGAUGGAGGCCCGCAGCCGUGUAGCCCACCUGAAGGCCCGUCGUGCCCGCAUCCAGGCCUUCUAUCCCGUCCAGGCCAGCACACUCCCACCGUCCAACACCGCACCCGCAGGCAUGUCACGUUGGGAGGCUCAGUCAGCCAUUUCUGGUGGGAGGGUGGGGCGACACAACACCAUCUACACCUGAAUACAAGACCCUGUCAACUUUGCAUUUUAUAAAUCAAUGGUGUUUUGCUCUAACGGUAUAACUAUAACUGGUCUCUUGAAAAUUUUCAACAGGUAAAAAAGCCUUUUCUGAUUCAAAAUUACAGUAUAAUUCACUAAUGUUGACAUCCGAUUUACCGUAUCGACAUUUUGACAUCUCGACAUGUUUUCCAAUUACGAAAUAUUUCCUUCACUAUCUUCACUGAACAAUUUCUCUUCUAUUGACUUGUUUUUCGGCCCACUCAGCUUUAUCGACAUGCUUCCUGGGUGUGAGAGUCUUGCGCGUGGGGCAUCACCUCCCUACCCCCACUCCCAAUGGCUCACUCCCCUUCCCCAUUAGGGCAAGUUGCACGGUCGGUGAGUCAGUGCCUCGCCUUUCCAUUUUCCCCAGCAAGUGGCCAUAAACAGGCCUUACAAGGAUGCUACAACAAAGUUUGUGCUGGUGUGUUGUGUACGCCUCGCGCUGCUCUGUCUUUAGUACCGUAACUCCAACCCCCCCUGCCUCUUGUUAGUUUCACCAGAGAUCGAGUCUGUUUACUAGCGUAUCUCUGGUUUCAUUGUGUAGUUUUGUGUAAGCCUAUAUCAUCAUUGUUGGAGCCAGAAUCUAUUCUUAGCUUCACACUUCACGUUCCCAAUCACAUUCAUUCAAGGGAAGCAACCAGCUUAAAAAGUAGUGUUGUCUUUUUACCGCUGACCUCCCCUUGGUUUUUCCUCUUUGGCUUUAUAUUUUCAUUAAUUUAUCGACAUUUUUAUACAUUAAUAUCAAAUCCACUUCCCAAAGAAUGUCGAUAUAAGCGGAUUAUACUGUAAUAUUUUUAGUAAUAAGAAUUGACACAUAGGUAAGUCAAUAGUAUUUUUACACAAUUUUAAGUGCAUGCCGAGUCUUUAUUUUUACAUUGAGGACCGGCAAUUUCAUUUCAACAAUGGUUUUGAUUUUAUUAUAGUUGUAGAUAAUUUCCCUUUUUCUUCCAGUUACAUAUCUAGAGCAUAACACCGUCAAUAAUUGUGUCAUGCCCCCAACCCAAACAUAUAUUCUUGUAAUGGUAUCAAAUUUUGCCAACUUUGAAAGCUUGUAGAGGGACAAAUAAGUAGUGCUAGUCUCAAACCAUAUAUACUGUAUGCUCUUCUCCUGAGCUGUUCUUUGGUUGAAAACAUGAAUUAAAGAUGACCAGUGUCCGUGGUGUAGAAUUUAAGUGUUUAGCUGUCGCACGCUUUUAUCGAGUGUCUAUCUGCUGGGAUGUUGUAUCCUCUUACUAGACUGGCUCUGAGAGACAGAUCAAAGCAGCCCGCCUCUUACAUUUGAUCUAAAUUGUGUUGACGUGGAUGUAAGACAUUAACAUUUUCUUUUUUACUACAGAUAUCACCCCUUCUCUUUCAAAAGAUGGACAGAUAAAAUAAAACACAAUUAUCUCAAGUUAUAUAUAAUGGAAAUUUCUGGGUUAAUUUUCAUGUUUCCUUUAAACCAAAGUAAGAUUCAGUUAGCAGGUUGUAAAUAUAUCUCAACGGGCUUGAGUAAAACACUGUAACAAAUCCAUUACCUGCAACGGUGGUGACAACAACUGACAGUGUUGUUAUGGAAGUCCAUAAAGAUGCAAGUAUAUUAUAAUUAUACUAACAACACUUAGCAUGUGUCUAUGUGUGGGAUUAACAUGUCGCUACU